UAUAAAAAGGGGGACUGAACUAGGGUUGCAAUCAUCUAUCCAUUCCCUCUACCUCCGCAGCUCAACCCUAACUCCAUAGCUUGCUGAUCAGAGAUGAAUGUAGAGAAGCUUAUGAAGAUGGCCGGUGCGGUCCGCACCGGUGGAAAGGGUAGCAUGAGAAGGAAGAAGAAGGCUGUCCACAAGACAACCACCACAGAUGACAAAAGGCUUCAAAGCACACUGAAGAGAAUAGGGGUAAAUGCCAUACCCGCAAUUGAGGAAGUAAAUAUAUUUAAGGAUGACGUAGUUAUCCAGUUCACAAAUCCAAAAGUUCAAGCUUCUAUUGCUGCCAACACUUGGGUUGUUAGUGGGUCUCCUCAAACAAAGAAAUUGCAAGAUAUUCUCCCUGGAAUUAUUAACCAAUUGGGUCCGGAUAAUUUGGACAACUUGAGGAAGCUAGCAGAGCAGUUCCAGAAGCAGGCACCUGGUGGUCAGGGUGCCGGUGCAACUACGACUCAAGAUGACGAUGACGAUGAGGUCCCGGAACUUGUGCCUGGUGAGACUUUUGAAGCAGCUGCAGAGGAGGAGGGCCAUACCCAUACUUAAGAGGGAGUUGUAUAUGAAUUUUUGUGCAAUUUCCAUAAUAUUUUCAUGGGUUUUUCGGAUCUGGUUUGUAUUUUUUUUGGUUGUUACAUUUGAUGUUUAUUGUGACAUACCAGAAAGUUGUUAGUUUGAUGGGUAAAAACUCUUUUUACGUUUCAAAAAAUCGGUUAUCAGCUAUCGAUUAUGAUUAUUAGGUUACAUGUAUUGGAACCCUAAUGAAUCAGCUGCCCAAAAUGUUGAAACAUCAAGGAUCCCAUAUCUCAAA